AUGAUAUUACAAUUAGUUUGUCCUAUUCAUUGUCGAAGUUUUGAUGGCGACUGUGCUUAUGACGACUUAAGACAAAAAAUUCACUUACCGGAAGAAUUUCAUGCGGAAAGUAAGAACAGGUCGAACAUAAUUUACAACGUGUUCACAAUGCUUGAAUUAAAUAUUCAUACUGAAGACUCAAAAGUGUGA